AAUAAAAUUAAACUCUAUAAAAAAAAAAAAUGAAAAUAAAAUCAAAUAAAUUAAAUAAAAAAUUAACAAAUCAACAAAAUGAUUUUAUAUCAUUUGGAUUUUUUCCAAACUAUUUUGAUAUAAACAAUAAAAGUUGUAAUGAUUUUAAAGAGUAUAAAAUAUCAAUCAUUGGAAGUGAUUUAAAUAGUCAAGUUUUAGUCAACAAUACAAAUGAUAAAUUAAUAAAAAAAUCACAAAUAAAUAAAAUAAAUAACAAUACAAAUAAUUCCACCAAUAAUAAUAUCCAAUGUAAAAAUAUAAUUGCCACUAUUACUGUACCAAAAAAUAAAAAACAACAAAGAAAAAGAUCAACCUUAAAUCAAUUGAAUAAGAAAUUAACAUGGGUAUAUUAUUCUUAUGACUGCUAUGGCUCAAAAAAAACUUUUUAUGAUGACAACAAUUCCAAUUUAUAUCCAAACAAUUCUGAUUUAAAAUGCUCUACUUGUAAUUCUGACAAUGAAAAAAUAUUCAAACUAAAAAAAGGUUCUUUUGAAUGCCCCAAAUGUUUAAGCAGACCACAAACUCACCAAGAAAUAUAAAAAAAAAAAAAGAAAAAAAAAAAAAGAAAUAUAAAAAAAAUUAACCGAAGAUACAAAGAAACUUGUAUCUAUUUUUUCCAAAUGUUGUUAUAAAUAUUGGUUUUAUAUAGAAUUUAUAUAAAAUAUAUUACAGUUUAAUAAACAAAAAUUAAAAAAUUUAAAACUAAAUAAAAUAAUAUUACAGUGCC